GCCACGGGUCGGGCGAGAACGUGUCUGAGUGGCUGCACAAGUGGUGGAUCGUGGGUCUUGCCUCUUCAUUUCUCACAGCAUAAAGCACCGAUGGCGGGUCGCAAUUUAGUGUGUGUUAUCUUAGUGGCCGGCCAUGCACAGCAGCUGAAGCAAGACAUUGAGGUGAGUAACACUUCGGCCGAGAAACACAAGGAAGAUGAGAGUGGCAAGUACAUUCACCUUAAGGGUGUGCCUAAAGCCCUCUUGCCAGCUCCUCAAGGGAAGCGCAUUUUGGAUCACUGGUGGGAUGCUAUCAAAACACGCCAGCUAUUUAGUGAUGUAUUUUUAGUCACUAAUGCGGACAAAUACAAACACUUUGAACGCUGGGCAACUGCUUCAGACUUUCCAGUGGAGAAUAUCAUCAAUGAUGGAUCCACCAUUCUAGAUAAUGCCAUAGGAUCUGUUGCUGAUGUCGAACUUGCCAUCCGUACCAAAAACUUAUGGGAAAAUGAUAUUUUGGUUGUUGCUGGUGACAUGCUGUUUCAGGAUAGCAAGUUUGACAUGGCACAGGUAUUAGACUACUUCUACAGGACUCCUGAAGGUGAUUUGGCUAUAUAUUAUGAGAUGGGGUCUUUAGAGCCAACCUUUUCAAGAGGUAUUGUGGAAGUAUGUUCAAAGACAAACAGGAUAACAAAGUUUCUGGAGAAACCAGCACCUCAUGAGACAUGCUCGAGGAAUGCUAGCGUUGUAUUUUACGCUUUUCGUUCGGAGACUGUUUCACGCCUUCCUGUAUAUCUCCAAGAGUAUAGGGCUUCCACUCAACGUACCUUUGGUGCUUUCAUGCAGUGGCUUAUUAAUGAUUUAAAGGUACUGGUAUAUGGGAUGAAGCUACCUACAGGUUUUCAACUCAUUGGUCAAGUAGGCUUAAAGGAUUAUGAAUCAUGGAACUCGUACUUUGCUGACCAAGCCAAGAAAGAGUGUAAGGCCCCAAGAUCCCACCGAGCAUAUGCAAGAGUUGGCAUUAUGGGCAAUCCGUCAGACGGGUUUUUUGGCAAGACCAUUUCCCUUUCCAUUGCCAACUUCUGGGCUGAAGUGACCAUCAAGGCAAGUGCCAAAUUACGUCUGCUUCCUCACCCUCUAAAUGACCCGAUAGAUUUCGGGUCAUUAUCAGACCUGUAUGGAAUCAGUAACAAGGAGGGAUAUCUUGGAGGCUUGCGCUUGCUCCAGGCCACGUGCAAGAAAUUCUAUCAUUUCUGUGCCACCAGAGGCAUUGCACUGACGCGGCAGAACUUCACACUGUCCUAUGACACAAACAUCCCGCGCCAAGUUGGUCUGGCUGGCAGCUCAGCCAUUGUAACAGCUACCUUGAAGUGCCUCAUGGACUUCUUCAACCUGUCAGACCAUGACAUGCCCAAGACUCUCCAGCCGCAGUUCAUCCUGGAUGUGGAGAAGGAAGAGCUACGGAUAAAUGCUGGGUUGCAGGACAGGGUUGUGCAGAUUUAUGAAGGAUUGGUGUAUAUGGAUUUCACAAGAUCAUUAAUGGAGAGUCAAGGACACGGGAAUUAUGAACAUCUUGAUGUAGAUUUGCCACCACUCUUCCUUGUGUAUCUGCCAAACCCCAGUGACUCGGGCAAAAUCCACUCGGAUGUUGCUGCUCGUUGGGAGAGAGGAGAUGAUAAAGUUUUAGAGGGAAUGAAAAAGUUUGCAGAUCUAACUGAAGAGGCUAAAACAGCCAUCAAGAAUCACGAUUGGUCUACUCUAGCUGACCUGAUGAAUUCAAAUUUUCAAAUGCGAAGAGAACUGUAUGGCGAUGCGGCUCUGGGGGUAGAUAAUCUGAAAAUGAUUGAGAUUGGCUGCAGUUUUGGUGCUGCUGUGAAAUUCCCCGGCAGCGGUGGUGCUGUGUUAGGCUUCCUGAAUGACCAGAGUCGAAUGGAGGAACUUCGUCAUCGUUACCAGCAGGAAGGUUGUGUGGUUGUUGAUAUCAUACCCAAAAAACCAGUGCGAAAAAGUGACAGCAUUUGAGAAAGUGUGUGGUUAGCAUUAUUGUGCAAAUAUGUUAUUUUUAAUCGUUGCUCUAAAUCAUUUAUAGGUUAGAGCAGUCCUUAGCCAACCAUGCAUUUUUUGCAAUUGCACACCAUUUACCCAACAAUUGUAUAGUUUUGAGUCUUUAUCUGCUUCUUUGAAGUAACAAGGAAUAGGCAUUAGUUUUUACUAUUUUUUCUUCUUAAUGCAUGGCUAACCUGAGGUGAAUAUUAUAGACUCAUUUUUUUUCCAAUAAUCAGCUUGCACUCUUUAACUCUUGAGUAGUAGCUUUGAAAUAAAGGUGCUCUCACAUAUCCAUCAUACCUUCUGUCUGUUUUGUACACACACUUGACUUUGCUUGCUGGUAUUUUGUGAUUUUAUAGUGUCAGACUACAGUGAACCCACAAACCCUUACUACUGAUGCAGCUUGAGAUGUUGAUUAUGGCUAUCAGUUACCAAUUAUUGAACAGGUAUUAGUAUUAGCAAGACCUAUUGUAAAUGUUGUGAUGGAUGCUUUAAUUUCUCUUGAAUUGCUGUUUUAUAUAUAUUGAGAUUCAGGGUAAUCAUGUAACUACUGCAGAAAUGCACAGUGAUAAUAAACAUACCUACAAGUGAGGAUGAAAAGUAUGAUAUAAUUCCAGUAUUAUAAGUUAUUUUUAAUCAUAUUUUGGUAUACUUUUAUGUACUCUAUUCUUGUAUGUGACAACAUUUAUGUAUUGCACAAUCCUCAGGCCUUAUGGAUAAUCCUUGGAUGAAUAAUGUUACUUGGAUGUAAUUAUCUUAUGAAGAGCUCUACAUAAAAAUAUUAUAGUCAUAGUUUAACAAGAAAGUUAUAUGAGUUCAAGAUGGAAAAAUGCAUCGUCUAAUGAUGAUAGUGCUGUAAGUGAAUUUUUAACUAUAUGAUAGGUUAAGAUAACUAAUUAAGAUUCAUAUAUUGUUUGUUAUACUUGGGCUGUGACUAUUCAUUGCAGAUAUUUUUUAUUCAUAUAGAGGAUGGUAUAUUUUACUAUACCAUUAUAUCUGUUAUAUUUACUGACUGCAUGAGGGGUACCAUACUAGCAUAGGCAUGGUGAGGCUGUUAACUGCAGUAGCAAAAUGAAUCCAACUGCUGUAUUUCUUUUAAGCUUUUAGGCAUUUUAAGAAUCAUGCUUCUUUUUGGCUGGCAAUAAAUUGACUUCUUAUAAAAUAUUAGGAUUUAUUAGGCAUGUUUUUUUUUUGAGCAGUUAGGGUUAUGGCAAUUGGUCAACUUUUUGUGGAGAGUCUUAGAUAUAUUGUUAUUGUUAUUGGUGUUGUGAUGCUCAAAUACUUAAUAUGUCCUGAAUUUAGGAGUUUUAAGAUAAAAUGAAGCACUAUAUUAGAUGUAGGUGUUGGCAUUGUCUUCCUGAAAUAAAAAAAAACAGUGUGCUUGAGUUUAGUGUAUCUGAGGAUUCAGAAAAUAUCAUGAAUGAUUUUUCUAUUUCCAAGACAAUAUUGAAUGUAGUUUUAGCAACUCUGUACUACCUAUGUGAUCCAAAUACACUACCCGUGCUUGCAAGUAGAAGGGGGGGACCUUGCCCAGAAUUAUAAGAGCAUGUUUACAAUUAUUUCCAAGACAUUCCCUGCAUGUCAAAUAGAUAAAGACAUCCCCCAGAUAGAUGGUGUUAUUUCUUUUCUGUUUUGUGAAUUGUGUGUAUUUUCCUGCUGCAUAACUUUUUAAUGUGUUCUUACUUUAUUUAUUACUUGAAAAUUUCUCACUGUUAAACAACAUGCAAUAUGCACUUUGUUGAAUUUGUAAUAAAUGUUUUAUUUUGA